UUUGGCGCAUUUAACUCCAAUGAUAUGUCUUGGGCGUUAAAUUAUUUGGUACAGUUGGAGCUGUGAUUGACCAAGAUUUUUAGUAUUAUUUUUUUAACAUUGAUCUUAAUUAUCAUAUUUCAUUUCCCAACGUAUUACGCUACAGUUUAUGGUUUUCCUGAGAAGAUCUUAGUUAUUCUAGUCAUUCAUACUAACAAUAGGCGAAUUUUCUUUGUACGUAUGUACUUUUUAACUGAUAUACCAAUCUUUGUGUUUGCAACCGUAUAUUAUGCCUCAGUGCCGGUUCCCUGUUUGGAUAAAGAGUCGCAACAAAAUCUGUAACGUUUACAAAAUGUUUAUUCUGCUACUGGCCUGAAUGCUAAAGCAGACAGCCAAUAUGCAGUCUAGCAACUGGAUCGGUCAUUUCAUCAAAAUAACCGCAGCACUCACUGCUGUGUUCAUUCUGUGUGAAACCGUACUAUACCUGACCAAUCCGAAUAAUCGAUGGACACUGGUCGCAAACACAUCGCUGAAGGACGGAAUUUCUAAUUCCCUGGUGUACCCGGCAUAUGCCGUCGACGUGGCCUUCCAAGAUGUGGAAGAGUAUCCAUUAACCGAGCCUCUCAUCGUUAAUCCUCUGCCCAACAUUAUUAACGACGUGGUUCUUCCGCAAAAUGACACUUUCUUACCAGUACAUCUGGUUCGCUUCUAUUUUGGCCUGCCCCAUGGUGACAGUCACAGUUUCUGUUGGAUCGACUGCAUUAGCAUAUUAUCGAUUAUGCUGUACGUCAAACCGUCCAAGAUUUACAUCCAUACCAAUUACCCCGAUUACUGGCCGUUCGGCCGUUGUGAUAUGAUUACGGACUGGUCACUCAUACAGCUGGUGUACACGAGACAGCGCUUCCAUCUCAGUGGCCGGCGCAUUACGUUCUACAAACACGAAGCGGAUGUCACCAAAUACAGUGUGGCGUAUCAGUACGGCGGCAUCGUGCAGGAUAGUGACGUAUUCCAUUUGCCCAAGAUGGUGGAACUGUUGCGGGACUGGAAAAACAAGAAGUACCAGUGCUUACUGACUCGCGAAGACCACUUCAUGAACAGCGGAUUCAUCGCUUGCCCCAAAGGUCACCCGUAUACCCAUGACGUCCUUCUCCGCUAUCGCGACGACUAUCGUGACCCUCCUGUUCUGUACAACAGUGCGGAUGUUCCGUGGGAGAUUUAUAACAAAAACAAGGACUAUCAGAAGAACUUCUUUGUGGACUACCAGAUGGGUAACCAUUCCUGGGAUUACAAGGGUCCUAUACGCUACAAGGAAAUACCGGCAUGGCAUGCGUAUUGGCACGGCUGCGACGAAAAUGAGAAAAAUACGGUGCAGUUGGCCAAGAAUUCCACUUACUGGGAGAUGCUGCAUUUCAUUUUGGCAGAAGGCCGGAAGGCUUUGAUCGCCGUAUUCCCAACUACAGUUAAACCUUAAUUCGAAAAUAUCUUGAAGUUGCAAACUUUGCCGAUGACGUCGGUGUAAGAAUAUAUAUAUUCAACGGGAAUUCGGGUUAUGUUUGCGCAAGUGCUACGCCUAAUUUGAUAUAUUUGUAGUUCACGAAUUCUCUGGAAUGUGGUUUUAUUCAUCGA